CUCCGCAGCAGCUCAGCUCACCCCUGGCGGGAGAUGCAGGCCCCGCCCCGGAAGGGGCGGGACAAGAUGGCACCGCCCCCGGGCCCCGCUCCCGCUGCAGACGCAGCGGCGGCGCCAUGGCGGCGGUGGGGGGCACGGGGCGGCGGCGAGCGCGCGGCGUGGCACGCGGCCCCCCCAGGAAGGCAGCGCGCCGUGGCGCCGCCCCAGACUACUGGCUGCACGCGACGGAGGACGACGUGCUGCUGCUCGUCGCUGGCGCGGGGGCCGCGCCCCGGAGGGCGGGCGGCGGCAGGAGGCGCCGGGCGCGGGGCCGGAGGAGAGCGGAUGAUGGAGGCGGGAGCCCGGCCGAGGGGGGCGCGGCGGGCGCUGCCGGCGCCGCCCCGCAGAGCGCCUGGGGCGAGCGUGUGCCGCUGGAGAUCCUGGAGCGUGUCUUCCGGGUGUCGGUGGCGUGCGAGGGGGCCGUGCCCUUCCUGUGCAGGGUGGCCCGUGUGUGCCGGCUGUGGUACCGGGCGGCCGCCAGCCCCGCGCUCUGGCAGCAGGUGUCCGUCGGCUUCUGCUGGGUGGAGCCGGGCAGGAAGCAGCCUCCGGCCACGGAGAAGAGGGUGCUGGGCACGGUGGAGUGGCUGACCGCCAGCAGGUUCUCCCUCCUCCGGGACUUCGCGCUCUGCCACUGGAAGAGCCACGUGCCCUUCGUCCUGAAGGCCCUGGGGGAGUGCUGCCCCCUCCUCACCUCCCUCAAGCUGUCGCACUGCAGCGGGGUGCAGGCCGAGCCCCUGAGCCUGCUGGCCAAGCGCUGUCCCCGGCUGGAGAGCCUGGACUUGCAGCACUCCCAGGUGGACUCCUUGGCCGUGCUGAGCUUCCUGGAGGUCGCCGGCUCCCGCCUCAAGCGGCUCUGGCUGACGUACAGCAGCCGCAUGAACGCCAUCCUCACCACGCUCGCGGCCGGGAGCUGCCCGGGGCUGCGGCUCUUGGAGGUGAACAGGGACAUCAAGCAGAGCAGCCAGCGCUUCCAGCUUCCCGUGGAGCAACUGCAGGCAGCCAGCCCGGAGCUGCAGGUGCUGCGUCUCCUCAAUGUGAUCUGGUCCCCGAAGCCAAGCCCCCGCGCAGCCCCCGCCACCCUGGGCUUCCCCCAGCUGGAGGAGCUGUGCCUGGCCACCACGGUGCUGUCCUUCGUCACCGACGGCGUCCUGCGCCAGCUUCUGUGGGCCUCUGCCCGCCUCCGCAUGCUCGACCUGCGCGGCUGCUUCCGCGUGACGCCCAAGGGGCUGCAGGAGCUGCCCUGCCCUGACCUGGAGCAGCUGCACCUGGGGCUGUACUGCAGCCCGAGCGCCCUGCCGCUGCCCACCACGGGCAGCCCCCUGCUCACCUGGAAGUGGCAGCACAGCCUGCAGGAGCUGGACCUGGCUGGGCAGAGCUUCAGCGAGCGCGACCUCGAGCAGGCCCUGGCUGCCUUUGCCCGCGGCCCAGCCCCACUACGUGCCCUCAACCUCACUGGCACCAAGGUCACCCUGAGCACCGUCAGCGCCCUCAUCCUCAGCUGCCCCGGCCUGAGCUACCUCAACCUGUCGUCCUGCCGCCACUUGCCCCGUGGCACAAAGAGGGCGUACCGGGGGCCGGCUGCCAUCCGCCAGUGCCUGCAGGGGCUCCUGACCCACUCCGACGAGCUGGAGCCUGCCCAGGACACGGGGCGGUGACCCACAACCAGCCCCAGCCACUGGAGUCGUGGCUGCUAGAGCCGAUGGGGUUGGGGCCGUGCCCUCCUCGUCUUCCUCCCGCCCCCACUUUUUGUACAUGCCUCCUUGUGUCUUUUAUAGCGUUUCUACUGCCCAACGUGGCACAAUAAAGGGCUGUUCCAGC